AUGCAGCGUCGCACAUCAUUGCUCCGUUCGGUGCAUCCUUGUCCAGCCGGUAGCCGCAAAACUGCUGAAGUGAAUGGUAAGAACGCAUCAAAUCACAAGAAGCGCCAUCUACCGCCCAAGCCCGGAGAGAGGAGUUUGAAUGUUAAGCGGGACGAAAAGUUGGUAUGCCAUCGUACUUCCAGUAGUUCUAGACCACCUGGCAACACAAAAUUGGUGGUAGGUAAGAAAGACGCGCAUUUAAACCAUGAGCUGCGCGUGUCACGAGCAGCUACAAUGAAGUCAAAAUGUCCACGAAAAACUUCACAAAAACUGGUCUCCAAUCCGCCCACAAGAAAGGUCUCAUGUUCUGGUGGAAAUACAAAGAAGGAGAGAGCUGAAUCAAAGGUUUAUCACGAAAAAAUUGUGCAUGAGGCGCGUACUGAAAAGGUUAGCGUGCCGAAGAUACCAAAGAUUCUUGUGACACUGGUAGAGAGUGAAAGUUGGCGGUCAUCGUCUAGCACCACUCAGAGACGGGUGCUCCACUCGCAUAGUGGGGAUUCAGUGGAAACCCAGGCCGAGGCUAUCGACACAGACGAGGUCAUAGAUUCAGGUCAGACGUCAGACACACUAGACAGUUUCGAGUGUUUCACAGACUCUCAAAAUGAAACGACAAGCAGCAGUGAUUCUGACAAAUUUGAUAGACUCCAGUUUAAAUCACAGGAAUGUAAGACUGGUGGGGAAGCUGAAAGAGGUAGUGGUACUGGACAAGGACACUUUCCGACUCUAAAUGCUACCGCUGCCCCAGACUCUCUCUAUUACAAGAUAAAAAGUACCUCUUUAGGUGGUCGCUCUCAAAACCAACAUCCAGUCGGCUCAUUAAAAAUUCCCCAUAAAAGUGGUUUUGAUUUGAUCCCUUCAAGCACGAAAAUUGGCGCAUUAGCCCACAGCAGUCAGGAGGAAUUUUCGUGGAUUGGAUGGAAUUCUGCAAACUGGCAUUACCAAAAUACCCAACCUCUAAAUAGAUGGGGUAGUGCAGGAGGCACUGUGGACGGCUCAGCGAACAAAGACACGUCAAACAAGUAUCCACUAAAAGUGGGAAAUAAGCCGAUCUCAAAUCGUUGUAAUUCUCUGGUGCAUAAGGAAUCUUCGAGAAAUAAGCAUGUUUUUAUAUCUGGUGCUACACAACCACACAUCUUGGUCGAUGCUUCGGGGGAGAACGAUGUGACGAAGGUGACGUAUAUGAACCAGACACAAUCUGGGGAGGAGGAUUUAAGUGAAUCCGGUAGCCGAGCCAUCAUUUCACAGGCCACAUACACGCAGACCUCUCUAACGGUCAAAAAGGAGGUGGAAAUUGGUGCUGGUGCUGAAUGCCAUCAAGCAGAUCGUGAGCCUUCAACUGUAGGCAGUUUAUCUACCCUGCCCCCGUUCACGUUGCCAGAGCAUUGUACCCAACUAGACUGUUUAGUUGGGGAUGACGGUCCAAAUAUCGUUUUAUCCCCUUCAUAUGAAGCUCCGUUAGCAGGAAUUUUGACCACAGAAGGAUGUCAGGAAAAGCUUUCUUUGCCAAAUGAGGAAGUACACUUGCAAAGAAGUGAGGCCUUCACACCUGAAAUGAAUGAAAAUGGGUGUGAUGAAGAUGAAUCUACCAUUUGUGAUGAUCCCAUCUUGAUGCUGACUAAUUCCGAGUUUGUGAAAGUUAAAAACUCAACCGGAAUAGCACCCGAGCUAGUACAGCGAGAAAUGCGAGAGGAUGCAGUCACAAUUGAAGGGCAAAUUCCCCGAAAACGCAUGAUCUCUAUCCGAACCAAAAAUCUGACAGAGAAACAAAAGCAGCAAAUUCUGCUAUCACUGAGUUGGAAUCCCUCCAGAAUAACUGAAUCCUUGGACGCCUCACUCUAUGCGACUUGUUUGGAACGCAAAAAACUUCUUUCUCAACCAAACGAUUCCAAAAUGCCAUUAUCCAAAAAGAUUAUUCCACCUAGUAGCGCUUACGUUAAACAAUGGAGCCUUUCCGAAGAAUCGGUUCAUACGGUUGUUGAAUUAAAUCCUACCUACAUGAAAGCCAUUGAAACUGUCAUAUCACCGAGUGAGAGACUUAUCACCUGCCUAAAUAAGGUAUCAAAGUCAAAGUUGUCAGCUUUUAAUAAAGGGUCACUCUCUCCCGUGACGUCAAUCAACGCUUGUUCAAAAACUUUACAUUCAUCCAUUCAAAAUGAAGCUUUCUCCACCAACGUCUCUGCUCAUCCAUUCAGAUACAACUCUCAUAGGUCUAGCAGAACCAUUUUGCUAUCAACGCAACCAAUUUCCCUCACUUCAGUCUCGUCCUUUGAAUCGGAGGAGCCAAUACCCGGUGGUCGGAUGAAUGCAAACAGAUGGUUGAAAGAAGAAGAAGAAGAAGAAGAAGAAGGAAGAGUUUUUGACAAGAGGACAACACUAAUGGAAAAUACAAAUCCUUCACAGUGCGUAAUACUAGGUGGAAAUAAAGUUUUAGCUUGUCCGCAGAAUUUUGUGGAAGUUUACUAUGAUGCCAGUCUGUGUAUGACUCGUGCAGGACCAGUAAGGAGUCGAGAUGUUUCGGCAGCAGUCAACGUUUUAAUAGACCUAGAUCAAAAUACUUUUUCAGUGCCGGAUCUGGAUAGCUCUGUCGUCACCUCCGAUGUGGACACUGUUACCCUAGAGCACGACUUCCAGAAUGCUGGAAGUCAAAAAUCGUAUUUAAGGAAAAAGAAGAAGAAGAAGAAGUGUAAGAGAUCGUAUCAAUCUCCCCAAGGCGAUCGACAGAGACAGCAUGCAUCUAUUAGUCCGACGCCUAGACAAAGGCACGGAAAAGUGGCCAAGAAGCCGUUUUUCAAGGUUCAAAAAUCGCGGCAAAGAAAAUAUCAAGUUAAUCGCUUACCCAUGUUAAAUUUGGAUGGUAUAUCGCCCAAAAGGAUUCCUCACAUAAGCAAAGAGCAUUCCAGCUCAUCCACAGAUACACUUCAGGGCUGUAGAAAGGUGACAGAAGCUUCAAAGGAGGUUCAGUGCUCCAAACCUUUGAUUGAAAGACCUGCGGUGACUUUUCACUUCAUAUCACCCAGGAAAACACAAAGUGUAUUGUUUGAAAAGCAUCUUGCUCAAAUCAAACGACCCUCAUCAUGGAAUAGUACCAUUUUCUCUGGUCCCAAAGGAGUUGUCAUGAAUGCUAAGCGAAUUAAAAAGCGACAGGCGAUGGCUUAUGAGAAGAAGGUUCAUCAGUUGUCCGUAGCACGAAUCCUCAAUGAAAACAACAAUGCCUCAACCAGGAUGGAAUAUCCGCGUGAAUCCCGAAGGAGGAGUUGGGAAUCAACACACUCACUUUAUUCAAGUGGGAUUCUCCUAAAACUAAAAUUCUGGGGUCAGAAUCGCGGCAUAACAUGUUGGAAUUUUUUUCGACCCCAUAAAUGUCACAAUGACGGUCAAUUUGACCAUAAGAGUGUGAAAUUUGAUAAUUAUGAAAAAAUAAGGAAAUUGAGAGCCUCCCAGACUAGCAGUUUGAAAGACAAUUAUUUAAAAAGUUUUCGGUGGAAAUAUCCAAACCAAAAGGCUUUGCUUCAACCAUUACCUCUUUCGUUAGCGUCAGGAUUGAAAUAUUUUACACAAUUUGAAGAAUUUUUCAACGCUUCUUACACACUCUCUUCACCGACUACACACGAGCGUGUUCAACCUGAGUCCAUCGAUGAGGCAGAUCGAGAGAAAAUUACUUUUACCUAUUCCUCCGAUUUUUGUCGAGUUGAGAGGUGUGAACUUCCACCAAUCCCGACUUCAGACGUGUACAAUUUUCUUUGCUUUCAAAAACAAGGUAUUAUUAUUUCCAAAUUGCCAAAUGAUGUAAAAAUGAAGGCGGACACUUCCCCUCUGCAUAUCUUACUCGGAUUUUUAUGCUUUUUUGGUAUUAAAAAAGCCUGGCAAUUAAAAGUGCGAUGGCUUUUAAUCUUUCAUCCACAUUCAAACGCUCUGCGUCAACGAGGGCUUCACCAUGACGAAUGGACAACGGGGCGGAAGACAAUCACAUAUUCUAUUAAUUUUGGUGUCAUUUCCGAGAAACAAAAAGACAUUACGGUGGUUGACUGA